UUACGAGGUUUUAAAAAUGUGUGCUUUUAGAUUCUUCAUACGAGCGGUCAAAUAGAUAUUUUGUGUGACGCAUUGAGGGAUGUCCCAAAAAGAACCAACGUCUCGCUGUUUCUAUUAUGAAGGAACUUAAUCGGCAGGCAUCAAAAGAUUAUUAUCUUUUCGGACAAAAUCGAAAGAAUUUUUCGUUACAUGAUCCAUGUCCUAAUCCAAUUCUUGUCGAGCACUUUGGUGAUCUGCUGCUUAGAGUUCAUGAGUGUAACAAGCAAAAUGAUCGACGAUGCGGCGUAUAAUUCAAUCUGAUACGACUUCAAACCCAACGAGUUUCGUUUGCAAGCUCGUUCUGUUUAUGAUACUGAGAUCACAAAGGAGGCUUACUAUUAUAAUCGGAAAGAUUAUGGAUCUGUCGCUAGAAGGAUUUACGAACGUAAGAUUCCAACACUGAAUUUUCCGUUAAUAAAAUUCUUAUCUUGAUAUUAUACGCUGACUAAAGUAAAUCGAGUCUUUGCGGCAUAAUUUCUUGCUCGAGAGACUUGUUAAAGUUUCACUUUUGGAGCGAUUAAGGAUGAAUGGAUUCUACAGUUCCGGAAUAAUUCAGUUCGUCUCAAACAGACUUGGAAAGAAAAGAAAUAAACUCAUACUAAAAGCUGAUUUGCACUUUCAGAAGGUGACGCUAUCUGUUUGGUGGGGUUGUAAGGCAGUAAUCCUUUUUUUCGCUCCGUUGGCGAAACGAUUCAUUCCGAAAAGUACCGUUAACAGUUGGAUAAUUUGAAAGAAACAAUCUACAGGAGAAGCAUUCGGGCAUUCAGAAGGCCAUUGUUUAUCACCACGAUAACGCAAGACCUCACACUUUGAUGUAAACUCAGCGCAAACUUAGACAGCUGAAUUGAGAUCUUCUAUUGCACCUUCAUCCUGACAUUGCACCAUCAGAAGAUUAUCACUUCUAGUCAUUGCAGAACACUUUGUAAUGAAAAAGAAACUUUGAUCUUUUGAGGUCUUAAAAAAUAUAUAUUUCAAAGCUUUUUGACAAAAAAUCGCGCGAAAUUGUUUGGUCAAUUAAAUAUUUUUGUAUAAUAUGACAGAUGAGUUUUAAUAAAAAAUCGGGUAUGAACAUUUUGCACUCUAAAUACUCUUUAGUACAAAAGAAACGCGAAACGCGUCUACAGAAAUAUGACCGUACAAUAUAUUGCCCGUCACAUUUUCGUUCAUUUUUAUCUCGAUGUUCGUUUUACGUCUUUCAGUAUAUUUAAUGCCUUUCUUGAAAGAGCCAUUAUUCUAGAACCGCGCUCGCUCCUGCGCAGAUCGUAAGUAGAAAAGCCGUCUCUUGCAUUUUUCAAGCAACUAAUUUGUCCCAUCUGCGACAUUUUUUUACGAUAGAAUAAGACAGCCAUUACGCGCUGCGGUCGCAAUCAUUUCUCGAUUGUUGCAAUUUUAAUCCCCUCUGUUUCAUGCAAAUUGCCGUAACUUUUGUUUCCAGUUGGUCGCAAUUGAUCGGUGAUUACCUCGCUGCGUUUAGUCAGCGACCCUUGCGUGAUCAACUUGCCGCUCUAGAGUCGUUUUAAAAUCAUACGCAGCCUUUUGGUAUUAAUCCGUGACUUUACGACGUUAGCAGGUACCGAAAAGUACCUCGAGUUACAUUUUCGCCAGAUAUAAUAACGCAAAUGUCGAAAUUCUGGUCAAAUUUUACGUAGCAGUGGAUACAAAUUGGUAUACCGGUAUAUAGGUAUAAAAUUGUAAGAUGUCACAACGCGAUAGAAUGACGGGUAUAAGCACAGCUAUUUCUCUUUCGGUGCAAAUCGGUCUUCGAAUUAUCGGAUUUUGGCCUAAUACGCCAUGCGCGCUGUUGUUUCGGUGCCUUUGGAUAUUGACCAUCGGCGUAGUGCAGACUUAUCAGUACUGGUGGCUCGUUAUCCACUUCAGAACUGACGACAUGUCGUACUUGAUGGAAAGUUUAAGUGUCACCAUCGAGUAUACCGUGAUGUCUCUGAAACUGAUUAUUUUAUGGUUUAAUACUCGUAUAUUUUACGACGCUCUAGCUGCGAUGGCUGCAGACUGGAAGGAAGCCACCAACGACGAAAUGCACAUCAUGACGAGCAAGACAAACUUGUCGCGACGCAUUUCUAACGUGAUCAUCGGGCUUCAUUCAGCAGCGGCAUGUUGCUUCGGCAUCGAGGUACUCGCAUCCCAUACCGAUGAUUACGAUGCCGACGGAAUCGAGACGCCUGUUCGCGCGUUUACGCUGCAACUACAGCUCCCAAUGCAGUGUAACGAAUCGCCGCUGUACGAGCUCGUUAUGUGUCUGGAAUUCCUUCAUCAACUGGCAUCUUCCACUGUAACCGGCGUACUUAACUCUCUGCUCGUUACGUUAAUUCUUCAUACGAGUGGUCAAAUAGAGAUUUUAUGUGACGCAUUGAGGGAUAUAUGUCCCGUGAAGAACAAUGAACAGCUAAGUUUCUCUAUGAAGGCAUUGAUCGGCAAGCAUCAGAGGAUCAUCAUCUUUUCGAAUAAAAUCGAAAGAAUCUUCUCUUAUAUAGCGCUAAUUCAAUUCUUGUCGAGCACAUUAUUGACCUGUUGCGUAGGAUUCACGGUCAUAACGUCGAUCAACACGAUGCAAGACUCGGAUACAAUCGAUAGCGCGGCAUUAAUAAAAGCUAUAGUGUUUUACGUGGCUGCUGCGGUAGAGGCGUUUACCUUCUGCUAUUGCGGAGAAUAUCUCAGUGCCAAGAGCAAAAUGAUCGGCGACGCGGCGUACAAAUCAAUCUGGUACGACUUUAAACCUGAUGAGAGCAAGUUCGUCCUACUUAUAAUAUUGAGAUCACAAAGAAGGCUUACCAUUACCGCCGGAAAGAUCAUGGACCUGUCGUUAGAGGGAUUCACGAGUGCGAUAGGACGCGCGAGCACGGUCAGCGAGUCGGUCGAAGCAGGCCUACGUUUCAUCGGAAUGUGGCCGCGUUGCGUAUACGCGAAUAUCAACUGGUGGAGUUAUAUUUUGUCGGUGGCAAUAGUGCAGUACUUUCAAUAUUCGUAUAUCCUGGCGCACUUCGAUAUCAGCGAUCUCUCGGUUUUCGUAGACGGCCUGAGCAUCACGUUGGGCUAUAGCCUGUCGUUCCUCAAACUGAUCAAUCUCUGGUACAAUCGUCGAAAGUUGUACGUCAUUCUGGAUACGAUGGACAAAGAUUGGAGCGACGGGAUUGCAAUCCGUUCGGACGUAUCCACGAUGAUCAGACACGCCAACUUGUCUCGUCAAUGUUCUAACGUGAUGAUCACGACGAAUGCGUUGGCCGUGUUCUUUUACGUGAUCGGCGGUCCAAUAUUCCGAUCGAUGAUUCAAAGGAACGAUCGCGAAAGUUCAACUCGCGAGCUGCCCAUCAAGAUGGAGUUUCCCUUUAAGGUCAACGACUCCCCGAUUUUUGAGCUGGUAUUGAUAGCCCAAUUUUUUCAUGAUUUAUCUGUGGCUUGUGUCAUCGCUAUGCUAAACGCUUUGCUCGUUACGCUGGUACUACAUGUAAGUGGUCAAAUUGAUAUUAUGCGGCAUGGCUUCGUGGAAAUUUCCUCUAAGAAGCACACAUCAAGAUCUUCUCUAACUGCUAUUAAAGACUUGAUUAACAGACAUCAGAGAAUCAUCGAUUUAUCGGACAAUAUUGAAGACCUUUUCUCAAACAUCGCAUUGUUGCAGUUUAUCUGGAAUACUUUAGUCAUCUGUUGCAUAGGCUUUGUAAUCGUAAUAUCUAUCGGUACGGAAGAAGGUGCUACUAUGAUAACAAAAUCCCUCAUCUUUUAUGUCGCGAUAACUCUUGAGGCAUUCGUCUUUUGCUACGCCGGAGAAUACCUCAGCGCUAAGAGUAAGUCCAUCAGCGACGCUGCGUACGAGUGCUUCUGGUACGAUAUGACACCCAGCGAGUGUCGGGUCUUGAUGUUCCUCAUGCUGAGAUCACAGAAACGAUUAACCAUCACUGCGGGCAAGAUAACUGAUCUGUCCUUGGAAGGUUUCACGACCGUGAGUUUAUUUGAACCGUCUGGAAAUCACCUGCGCUUUACCGUCUCUCCCCACGAUUAUUCGGAGAGCGACGUUCACGUUGCGCGUUACGGUGCAUUAUUGACAUCUCAAUAGCCAUCGUUUCGUAACGUUCGGUGAUUGUCGAGAACGAUGAAGCGCACAAGUACCAUCAGCCGCCCGGUCGAAAUCGGCCUCCGUUUCAUCGGCAUGUGGCCGGAUUCCGCUUACGCGACUCUUUAUUGGUUAAUAUACAUGGCGACGAUGGUGAUAGUGCAAUAUUAUCAGUACGCGUACGUUCUUACGCAUUUUGACCUGAGCGAUAUCUCGCUCCUCAUGGACUGUCUCGGUCUUACCCUGGCGUACACUCUCGCUUUUCUCAAGCUCUUUGCCUUAUGGUGGAACCGCCGGAUAUUUUACUAUAUUGUAAAAGUGAUGGAUCAGGAUUGGAAAGAAUGCGUCAUCAACGGUUCAUAUAACGCCACAAUGAUGAACGUGGCGGAUAUAUCACGUCGUUGCUCCAACGUGAUGAUUACUAUUAACGCUUUUGCUGCGUUUUUUCUAUCAAUCGGCGAGCACUUGCUUCAGUCGAUGGACAACGCCAGUGGAGUUGACAAUAAUUCUCGAGAACUCCCUAUAAAGAUGGAGUUCCCUUUCGAUAUCAGCGACUCCCCGAUUUUCGAGUGCUUUUUAAUCGGGCAAUUCUUUUACGAAUUGGUGCUGGCUUCUAUAGUUGGUAUAAUGAAUGCGUUACUCGUUUCAUUGAUACUUCACGUAAGCGGUCAGAUUGACAUUAUGCGACAAGACAUAAACGAAAUUUCCAGCAGAAAACACGAUCCUAGCACAUCCUUAGUUAUUAUCAAAGCCCUUAUUUGCAAGCAUCAGAAGAUUAUUACUUUAUCAGAAAAUAUUGAAAACUUAUAUACUUAUAUCGCAUUAAUGCAACUUUUAUGGAAUACUUUAGUCAUCUGCUGCACUGGUUUUGUGAUUGUAAUCACUAUUCGUACCAACGAUAGUGGGACAACUUCGAUCAAAUCUGUGAGUUUUUAUAUCGCAAUCACUCUAGAAGUUUUUAUACUCUGUUUUGCCGGAGAAUUUUUGAGCGCCAAGAGUAGGUCAAUUAGCAAUGCGAUAUAUGAGUCACUUUGGUACGAUAUGCCACCGACAAAUAGUCGCAUUUUAUUGUUUGUAAUACUAAGAUCGCAAAAACGAUUGACGAUUACUGCAGGAAAAGUCGUUGAUUUGACUUUGGAAGGAUUUACAAGCAUUAUGAAGGCAUCAGCUUCUUACGUAUCUGUAUUAAAUGCGAUGUAUUAAGUUCAGAAUGACGUUUGUCAAUUGCUAUAUGCGUGCAUAUUCACUGUUGCCUUAGCCACAAUAAUUUUGUUAGACAAUCGUUAUUCUUGGCCAAAUGAAACACAAGUUACAAGAGAAGGCACAAGAUUACUUUAAUAUAAAUUAUUUUUUAUGAAUUC